AUGAAGUUUCUCCAACUAGCCUCCCUCCUAUACCUCACCUCCCUCGUUACCUCCGCUCCACCGCUUGCGCCGUCGACAGACAUCUCGGUUCGCGACGCCUCCCCACUCGACCAAUUCGCGCAUCUUGAAAAGCGCAAAGGCGGCGGAGGUGGUAAAGGAGGCGGAAGUGGUUCUUCUUCCUCGGGAGGCUCUUCAAGUGGACGCACCGGGUCUGGUAGCAGUUCGGGCUCAGGGUCGUCAACACGGCCCAACGGCCAGCCAUACUCAUUUUCCCCCGCGAGCAACGUGGGUGGACGGACAAUAUCUGGCAGCGGCACGCCCAAACAGUAUGGUAAUCGAUACGCUGGGGGAGCGGUGGUGCCUUACACCGCUGGCGCAAGGAGCCCUACACUAGGCGUUGCGCCGUUCUUCAUCGGGGCUGGUGCGCUUGCUUUCUUCCCGGCACUCUGGCUUUACGGCAGUGUAUUUGCCUACCCGUAUGCUUAUCCCUACCACUGGAUCGACAACAAUGGGCAGAAUCGCACCUCGAACGUCACAUGUUUGUGUCAGCGGUAUCAAGUUUGCGGCUGUGACCCGGACAACAACUCGACCUUCUUGACCCAAGUAGUCACCAACGGUUCAACGACACCCGUUGCGCCAGUCAAUACGAGCACUGUGCGCACGGUAACGUUCGACAAUGGCACGACGAGCACCUACAUCAAUGGAAGCCUAGCCAAUGGAACGACUGCGAGCGGCGGCACCGAUCCAAGUGAUCCGAGCCAGGUCAGUCCGGCCGUGAGGUUGGCUGUGGAGAUGAGUGGCUACUGGGUCAUGGUUCUCACGGUGGCGUUAGGGAUCUGGACCGUCGCUUAG